CGUGCUUUUAUUGUGAAGAAGUCCUGCCGGAAAUGUACUAGUCAAUGUAGCCUGAUUUGAAUAGCCAGGCGAGCCAAGAUGGCAGAAUACCUGGCGUCCAUUUUUGGGACAGAAAAAGAUAAAGUCAACUGUUCGUUUUACUUUAAAAUUGGUGCCUGCCGACAUGGCGACCGCUGCUCCAGAUUACACAACAAGCCAACAUUUAGCCAGACAAUUGCCCUGCUGAAUAUUUACAGGAACCCUCAGAACAGCGCUCAGUCUUUGGAUGGCUUAACCUGUACCGUCAGCGACAUGGAGAUGCAGGAGCACUAUGAUGAGUUCUUUGAGGAAGUCUUCACAGAGAUGGAAGAAAAAUACGGAGAAGUGGAGGAAAUGAACGUUUGUGACAACCUUGGGGACCAUCUUGUGGGAAAUGUUUAUGUGAAGUUCCGUAAUGAGGAGGAUGCUGAGAAGGCUGUAAUCGACUUGAACAAUCGAUGGUUCAACGGGCAGCCGAUCCACGCGGAGCUCUCUCCCGUCACAGACUUCAGAGAGGCCUGCUGUCGCCAGUAUGAGAUGGGGGAAUGCACUCGUGGAGGUUUCUGUAACUUCAUGCAUCUGAAACCAAUCUCGCGUGAACUCAGGAGAGAGCUCUAUGGACGCCGCAGGAAGGGCCGCCACCGGUCUCGGUCCCGAUCCAGAGACCGGGACAGAGGCCGCGGAGGAGGUGGUGGUGGAGGAGGAGGAGGAGGAGGAGGCCGUAACCAUGAGCGGCGUCGGUCCAGAGACAGAGAGCGUUCAGGACGAUUCUGAGCCACAAGCAUCGACCACUCAACUCUCCAUCCCUGAAUCCAUCACUGUGUUGUUUUUUUGUUUUUGCUUUUCUUUUUUUUUUUAGUUUGUACCCUGCCUCAUUUGGAUUUAUUACAAGGCAGCAGGUUUUCAAGAUUUGUGAAAAUACGUUUCACCUCAUUAAAUUUAAAGUUUGUACUCAAAAA